CCUUAUUACGAAGCAUCACAUGUCUGUGCGCUCAGCGGAGCCCAUUAAAUUAGAGGACAUCCCUGUGGACAGAAGUGAAGAAGGUACUGGACGUGGAGAGAGGACCACAAGCUGGGAUUAGAAAUUCUGUUGCGGCGGACAUGGGGAACCUGCAGUACUUGUGUCUCCUGGCUCUUUGCGCCUGCUGUGUUUGUCAAGUUGAUGGGCGAAGAACGUACAGUGAUGUUUUCCCCCACAAGCAUUCCUUAGUUGGCAAGUUCCCAUUUCCAAUUCCAGCAAUCCCGGGAUGGGAGCCUGACACCAAUCCAUGGGACGAUUACCUCUACCCUCCACUAAGCUCAAACCAAAGAGAGCUCAUGCAUCACAGAGGCAAACCAAAGGUUCAUCUGACCAGCGACAGCCCGGCUCUUAAUGGCUCAUGCAUUACCUUUACUGCUAAGCUGGAGUAUCCUCCAUGCCAGAAGGAAGACACAAACGGGGACCUUGUCUGGGACGAGCACUGCGAGGAUGGUAUGGAGCUGGAGGCCUCAGCCAACGGACAGCUUCGCUCAGGCUAUGUCUAUAACUGGACUUCUUGGUUGGAUGACUAUGGCUUCGGGAAGUGCACAGACCCGACAAAAUGCAACGUGUUCCCUGACGGGAAGCCCUUCCCCCAGAGCAACGACUGGAGACGCAAGAGUUACGUCUACGUGUGGCACACAAUGGGCCAGUACUAUGAAACAUACGAUGGCUCUUCUUCCAGUGUGACCAUCAAUACCACUAAUAUCCCACUGGGGGGAGAAGUCAUGGAGGUUAUGGUCUACAGGAAGCGUGAGCGCAGGAAGUACAGCCCCUUGACCAGUGACAACACCGUCUUCUUAGUCACAGAUAAGAUCCCACUGGCAGUCGACAUUUCCCAGAAGUCCGCAGUCAACAAGUCUGCCAGUGUUUUCAUCCGUGGAGAGGAGAUUGUCUUCGAGGUCCAUCUUCAUGACCCCAGCGGCUACCUAAAGACAGCCGCCUCAGUGGAUUACAUCUGGGACUUUAGAGACGGCAAUCAAGUGGUGACACACCGCGAGGUGACCACACACACCUACAGCACGCUGGGAAAGAUGAACGUGAAGCUGGUGGUGGAGGCCGCGUUUCCUGCUGAGUGUCCACCCACCUCUGCCACUCCAACUCCGAGUCGCUCCACAUCAUCACCUCUCACAGUGGCCCCCACAACUCCUCCGGCUACACAUGCUGUCACGACGAAGAUCAAGACAACGCUGACACCACCCAAAACCAGUCAGCCCGUUAACUCCUCCACUUUAUCUGCUGUGACCACGACGGGGUUGCCCACAACAGAGCCCCUCCUGUCCACGGUAGCCACAGAAUCCAACCCCACCACCCCGCCUUGGCUCCGAAGCAGGGGUCUCAACGGCAACGAGUGCUUCCGAUACGCCUACGGAACCUUCUCGGGCAACAUCACGAUAGUCGAGCCAAAGCGCCCACUGGGGAAUCGGCUGAACAGUCGCAUCGUGGACCUGUCGGCUGCCAGGGUGACCAACACCGACGUCAGCUUCCGGGUGAAAUGUCUGGGAAGCAUCCCCACUUCAGCCUGCACCAUUGUGUCAGACCCCAGCUGCUCUCAGGUACGCAACAUCAUGUGCGACGACGUGCCGCCUUCAUCCGAGUGUGAGGUGCACCUGCGGCGAAGGUUCCUGGAACCGGGCACCUACUGUGUGAACAUCACCCUGGAAAACUCUAGCAGCAUGACACUCGCCAGCACCACCAUCACCAUUGGCAAGUCUCAAGACGCACCCGUGCCUAAAACUUCAAACACCGCCCAGGUGGUUCUAACUUCCAGUGCAGUGCUGGUGGCAGCCUUUGCGAUCGUUGCCUACAUGGUCUACCGACGUCACAAGGUCUACAGACCCAUUCGAAGGUCGCUGGUUGAGGAUGCCUGUGCCAAUUCUGGUGCUGCAGGUCACAUGGUUCGCCUGAGGGAGGCGCUCUUCCCCUCCAGCGAGGAGAGUCGCCACCUUUUGACUGAGAGACAACCUUUGUAGGGUUUGGAGGAGUUGCGUCAAAAAAGCUUUUACUCUUGUACUUUAAAAUAAAAGACACUUCUGAAGUGAAGCAAAGAUAAUUGAUACUAAUAAUGUUAUGUCCUAAUUCGGCCAAAUCCUAAUGCUCUACAAUUCAGACAAGAUGUACUAAAGAGGUCGCUUGAUUUGUGGCUGCCGCACUAAUUUUAACGUCAGCUUGGAAUGAAUUUUCUGUGAAGGAGUUUCAAUAAGCCAUAUUGGUGCCUUUGAUUACAAGCAAUAUGAAGAAAUGUCAUCAAGCAUGUGUUGUACCUUUGUCCUUAAACUCUUGCAAAACCUUUGGUUUUUGAUUCAUUAUUAAACAAUUUCAACUUUAAAA